UGGAGAAUAUGUUGGACGCCAUCAAGGGAGUUAUUGAGAGGGUGCCGAAGAAAUGAGAUGGUGUGAGGAGCUUGCACUUGAAGUUCUCUGAUUCGGUGGCUUUGCCGAUUUACCAGGCCAUGCCGGAUGUCAGGUUGAAGAUUGAGGGAUUGAAGGACAAAAAGGAAGAGGGAGGUGAGGUGACUGAAAUUAGUGAUAAUGACAAUGCUAAGAGUGGGAAGAAGAAGCAGAAGCAGAAGGGGAGGAUUCAUGAGGUUCGAUAUAUGGAUGCUGGUGAGGAUGUGGAUAGUGAUGUUGAUGAUUUAGAUGAGAGCGAGGUUGCUGAAUUUCUGCAGAAGAAGGGUAUUAGUGAUGAUGAUGAAAAAAAGAAGACGGAGAGUGAGGGGAAGAAAAGGAGCAAGAAGAAGACGGAGAGUGUGGGGAAGAAAAGACGCAAGAGUGAUGAUGAGAACAAGAAGAGCAAGAAGAUGGACAGUGAGGGGAAGAAAAUGCGCAAGAGUAAAACUAUCAAGGAAUAACUAUCAAGGAAUGUGUCUCAGGAUAUUUGAAUGGAAAGAAGCCGGGCAAGAGUAAAACUAUCCAGUCUCGAGAGAUUUGAAUUGAAUGGAAAGAAGCUGACUUUUGAUUUUUCAUUAAACAUUUAUUCGAAUUAUCCAGUCUUUUAAAUUUUUAUGCCUUAUAUACGUGGUUAGUUGUUUAUGUCUUUUCUUGAA